AGUUAUCUGGCAUCCUCCUAGACAGGAAUAAGUGCAAAGCAGCGAAGAACCUGACCAUGGACCAGCUAGAAGCUUUCCACCAGGCCUAUAGUUUCUUCAGUAGGGACGUAGAUGGCAGUAUUGACCUAGAAGGCUUGGAGACGACUGCAAAGAAGCUGGGGAUUAGUUUAACCGAACAAGAGGCCUACGAUGAGCUGUCAUAUGCUGAUAUGGAUGGAGAUGGGAAGGUGAACUUCUCUGAUUUUCUGACCAUUGUCAGCGACAACAAGCGCUUCAUCCAGGCUAUAGCCCCCGAGAAAGGCAGCAUGGAGGACCUUGAUUCCGUCGACGCCUCAGGAAUCCUGUUCUUUGAGGUCCUGUCAAAGCUGGUGGAAAUGUCGGCUCUGCCAAGGAAGGCCAUGCUUGAAAUAGUCAGUUACUACCGGCAGAAGUUCCUGGCGUCCACUGGCAAGCGGGCCUGGAUAGAUGCUGGCAACUUAAUGGAUCAUGGGAAGGGACUCCACACGCUCAAAAAAGCCCCGACUCCUCAGAGAGGCAAAGUCACUCCUAUGUCUGCCUUUGCAGGUGCUGCCCGCAUCUCAGUGAUGAAUGACAAAGAGCUGGAAGCCUAUGUGGAAACCCUCAGGGCAAGCACUGUCCCCUCCGACAGUCCUUAUGCUCAGGUACCCAUCUUCCCAUUGCUUCCCAACCGGGAUGGAAUGACAGUACCGAAGCCAAAAAAAGACUUACAGAAGCUGGAGCUGCAGAGAAGGAAAGAGCCUAUAUCAUCGUUUGAAAACCACUUUUUCCAUAAAAGAAACUGGCUGCGUGAGGGAACUGCGUUCAAACCUCCUGCUUCCUUCAGAGACCGGAAAAACGCCCUUAGUCUCAGCCCUCACUUGAUGGAGAGGCAACACCGUUUGACUAUAGAAGACCUGCGUGAGAUACGACUAGAUGUGAAGAGGGUAACUGAAAUGUACAAGAAGGGGAUGGCACUCAAGGAGAGGAACAGGAUGCUAAGACUGUGGCGGAGGUUGCAUGGUGGCCAGAUUGGGCUGGAGUCAGGGAACCACAGUUUCUACCACACUUUCUCCACCUACUCCUGGUCGUGGAACACUCACCAGGAGCUGGUGACACCUAACGAACUUCAGCACUACGAUAACAAACUGUACCGCAGAGAACAUUCCUCAUCCUGCUCUGAUGACAGCGAAGUAAAGGGUGGGAUAAGGAAAGGGAAAGAAAGGAAAUGAGAAGAAAGAGCCAUGCUGCUCCAUUUUCUUAAUAUCACUGUUGACUACUGUCAUCCUCCCCAUCCCAUUCUUUUCCCUUAUAACAGUCUCAGGCUCUUACACAGGUCAGACUGUCCGAGGGUAGGAAAGAGAACCGUUUCCCCUUUGCAUACUGGCUAAUACAAUGAGAAUUAAAAGAGAAACAUGUUUUUCUUC